AUGGGGAGUUCUAUUUCUAAAGAAGGACCUGUUUUCCUACUAGAAAAUAGUUUUAGAUUGAUUAAUGGUCUCUUAGGACAAAAUACUGUGGAUGAUGAGGAUCCAAUAUGGGAAAAAAUGAAGUCAGAAUUUAUACUGCCACCUAUAGCUCCUAAUAUUUUGGACAAUUACAUAUAUGAACAUAUUUCAACAACACUUUUCGAAACAAAUAAGUCUAGUGGAAACUUAAGAAGAUUAACUUUGUUUUUCACUAAGUUGUUAUCUUCAAGCAGAAAGGAUAUACUCAUGAACCUAGAGAAAGAUAUGAGUUCCUUACUACCAUGUCCUUCUACUUAUUCAACAUUGAUUAGUACUGCAUUACUAUUGAGGAGUAUUAUAAGGCAUUAUACUCAGAAAUUUUCCUUAUCAAAUUUAUUAUUACAAAUUGAACAUGAUUAUCUAAAUUUUGAUAAUGAGAGUUUAGAUACUGGUAGCAUAAAUUCACAGGGUACUUGUCCUAUAAGCAAAUAUUUAGAUAAAGACUUCUUUGACAUAUAUAGAACUGAAUUGAAAACUUUAGAUCUCAACUACUAUAAAAGGUUUAUUUUAUUUAUUUUAAGCAAUAUUAGUGAUAGAGAUCCAUUUAUGAUUACUCACAAUUCAGACAACUCUGUAAUUGGAGAACUUAUGAUAGAGAUAUGUUGUUAUUGUAUAUGUUCCCAACUUUAUAUUGAUAAAAUAUCAGAAUCAAAUGGAAAGAAUUAUAACAUGAUCCAUUCUAUUUAUGCAUUGCAAGCAAUUGUUAUGGAUAUUUUAAUUGUUUUUUUUUUAAACUCAACAAGUGAGUUUUCAAUAUCUAGAAGUAUAUCAUCUUUAACCAAAAUUGAAAAUAAAACUAAUAUACUACUCCCCUCCUUUCUCGAUAUUUUCCAAAUAUUAUCAGUUCAUCUCAUGAAUCCAAGUUUAAUAAUUCAGAGGGAUGAUUCAGAAAAUACAGAAACAAUUCCAUAUAGUUUCUUUUUUUUCUUAACAAGAACUACUAUUAAUGGGAAGAAACACUCACCCACACCUAUUGGUAUUAAGAAUAGAUCUCUUUGUAUUUUAUCAAUGUUAAUUUUCCACUCUCCAUUUUUCAAAGAAAAUGUUUAUUCUGACUUCAUGAGAAAUAUAUUAGAUCCUCGCUUUCUACCUGAAACCUCAUCUUUAUUAAUUAAAGAUAUUCAAUCAGAAGUUGAUUCUGAUGAAGAUACUUCAGGGAUAACGAAAUUCACAUAUUUUGAUCAGAUAUGCUCUACAAUUUCAUCUGAAUAUGGACUAAAAAACCAUAUUCUUGAAUCAUAUAUUUUCUACUUCUUAAUUCAUUCAAAUUCUAACUUUCGACUCUAUUGCAUGUCUAGAGGUGAUCCUGAAUAUUUAAUAGUUCCAAUUCUUGAAGUACUAUACAUUUUACCUAUACAAAAACAACGAAAUGUUAUUAUUGGUACUUGUCACUUGAUCCCCUUAUUAACUAUAUUAACAAAACUUACAGAUGAGCCAAACUAUUGUAAAGCACUUCAUAGAACAAUAAUUGGUUCACUUCCAGAUUGGUUAAAAGAUUCAUCACUGAAUAAAACUAUUGGGAUGUAUCAAGGACAAAAUUACUACUCUAACAGCACAUAUGAGUAUGCUAUCUCAGAUAGUAUAGUAUCGCUUGGUAGUUUGAUUAUUCUUACUCUUAUAAAAUUAUUAUUAUGGAAUUCCAAAACACAUAGUGAUAUCUUUCUAUGCGAAUUAGCAUGUGUAAUUAUUCAAAAUUUAUCUUCUUCAGUUGAAAAUUUUCACUGGAUUGUCUCUGAAAAAACACUACAAUAUUGUAAUAUUCUAAUAUCUCGGAUAAAUGGUAUUCUCAGUUUGCAAUAUGACAAAAAAUCGGAAAUAUCGUUUUCUAAUACUAUAUAUUGUACUUCUUUAACUUUAAGAAAUUUACUUCUGAUAGUUGGGAGUUGUUUAGCUACAAAUAAUAAGGUGAUCUCAAAUAUACAACUUGCUUAUGCAUUUAUUAGGAUAUCCUUUAGUAAUGAAGCAAAGAAACUCCAAGAAAUGAUAAACAUAGAUUUCAAAACUUCAAGUAGCAAUAUUCAAGAGACUAAUAGAUUUGUUGAAUUGGAAUUUUGCAAUAAAUAUACCCCAGAAUUCACAAACCAAUCACCUGAGAAACUUAAAAGUUGCUAUUUUAAAAUUAAUGGUAUCUUUUUUGACAUUGAUAGUUUACUAAUAUUUUUGGAAACUGUGUAUUCCAAACUCUCUAAUUUCAUCUUAUCUUCAGAAAUUUGUUCAGAUGAUUCGGAUUUCCAGCUAUAUACAUUCAUCAAAAUAAUUAAAUUGUACUUGGGUGAGGAAGAGUACAUAACUCAUUCAAUACCUAGUUGUAUACUGAAUUGCCCAAAUUAUACAUUUACAAGAUUUGAAAAAUAUGAAGGUAUAUAUACAAAGCAAGUUAUCUGGGAAUUAGUUUCAAAUAUACAAGAUAAAAUUUUUUUUUGCAAUUUCCAAUAA